GUGCUUUCGUCUACGAGGCAAUGACUACUUUAUCAUGCUGGUACACUCUUUCUUCAAAUGACGUGAAUAAACAUGGCGGUCUGCGUGGCAAUAAUUGGGAAAGAUAAUUCGCCGAAAUAUUUUUGUUGUUUAAAUCCGGACGAGGAGCUGGGUUUUCAGUACAAGGUCUUGUCGUCGUUAGAUGUCGUUGAGGAAAAGUUGAACACGACGAAUAAAGGAACGAAUGAUCUCAGGGAAUUGUAUUUAGGGAUGUUAUAUUCUCUGGAGACACAUAAAAUAUACGGGUAUGUCACGAACACCAAAAUUAAAUUUAUAAUAGUUGUGGAUUCUACAAAUAUGGCAUUACGUGAUAAUGAAAUUAGAUCGAUGUUUAGGAAACUCCAUUCUGAGUAUGCAGAUAUUGUGUGCAAUCCUUUUUACAUUCCCGGAGACGCUAUAUGUUCAAAGUCAUUUGAUGUGAAUGUGAAAAACAUAAUGACAGGAACAGUUUGAAGUGCCUGUAGUUUUGUUUUAAUGUAAUUUAUUUUUGAGUUAUUACUAUGCUGGUGUUAAUAUGUAGUUGAUAUUUUACAUCGUCUUCUAAAUAAAUGUGCUACCUAUUGUUUGUAAAUGUCUCAAA